UCAAACCGACAGUCACUGCAGAUGACAAUUAAUCAUGGUAAUAGAGAGUACAAGCAUGUGAAUCGAGACGCUUUGCACAGUCCCUUCUUAUACCUUCUCUUGACUCUCUGCUAAUAAGGACAUAACUACUCGUCAGAGAUGGCCAGCGUUUGGUUGACCCUGAUAAUUUUUGCAUUUCUCUCACAAGCUCUUUUCCAAACCCUGACUGGGUCCUCAGUUUCCAUAGAUACAUCACAGAUCAGAGGAACCAGGGAUCCCGGGACAACAGUGGAGGCAAAAAGUCCUAUGAAUCUGAAAAUUACAACAGAAACUAAGGAUACUGAACCUCAGAGCACAGCUUCAUCAUCCAUCACCCAGAAUAUCUCUACCACUCAACAUGAUGCUGACAGUACAGUGGAUCCUGACCAGAUCACUAUGGAUGCUGCUGAGGAACCUACCACUGCUUCUCCUGAACCUCAGAGCACAGCCUCAUCAUCCAUUACUCAAAAGACUACCCCUACAGUGGCAAGCACCACCACUGAAUCCCCACAAUCCAGUACAGCAAGAACAGAUAGUGCUGCGUAUGACACAGCAACAACUACUCCAUAUACCGAUGAUACAGAAACAUCAGAUUCCUCUGAGCACGACACAACAGAACCCUCAGAACCCUCUGCUUCUUCUGCAGACUUCUCCACUACGUCCGAGAGUAACUCAACCAACUCCUCCAGCGUGGUUUUAAUCCUCAAGAAGGAUACCACCACGAGAACCAGCUUGACCCCUGUGGCUGGAGAAGGGAGCUCCACCAGGACCACCACCCAAGCCAGCCCAGUCAGGGAGUUCCCGUGCUCGACCGCGCUCCCCAGGAAAGGGGGGCUGGUGAGCCAUUGCCUGAUAGCCAUCGCUGUGCUGGCUGCGGUGGCCACCAUCUUUAUCAUCUGCACCAUCGUGUUGUGCACCAAGCUGUCUAGCACCAAGAGGAAGUACAAGAUGAGCGAAUGCCAGGGCACGGAGAUGAUGUGCAUCUCUGCACUGUUGCCCGAUGCGGAGACCUUUCCCAGAAACAAAGCCAAGAACUCCAAAUCCAAUGCCCGCCUGAUCACAAAUGUGGAAGAUAGCGAGGGGGAUGACCUCACACUUAACAGUUUUUUACAGCCAUAACAAUACAAUACAAAUGUAUUUUUAUGUGGCGCCAUUCACGCCCUGGCAUCCCAGAGCCCUGUACAAAACAAGAGAGCUCAUAUGUACAAUAUACUGCAGCAGCUACAACCAAUUAUAUAAGAGCACGUUCAAAGCACGUUUUCAACGUAGCCUUAUGAUAACUUAAUGAGAGAACAAUUACAGUGUAAAAUGUGGAAAAAAAUAUAUGAAUGUUAAAGAAGGUACUGCAGAACAUUCAAAGACAAAACUAAACAAGGGAAUAUUGUAGCUUAACCCACUUCCUGUUUCAGGGUGUUGUUCUUUACCUUUGAUUAUAAAUGCCAUAUUGUAAGUGCAAAAGGAAGGAGAAGUCAGAUUGUCGUUUUUUUUAAACUUCCCUACAAAGCUGUACAAAUAGCCUUACCAUGUCUGAAACAUACAAAGGACUUGUAAAUAAUCAGAGAACCAUCAUUUCUUGAUAGAAAAUGAUGUCCUGUUGGCACCUUCAUUGUCCAACAGCACAUGAGUGGAAAACAUGAUAAGGAAUGCUGGUCUACAGACACAAGAACAAAGCUACAGGCUGCUUGGGACAGAUUGAAUAAGCUCCAGUGCAACGUUUCAGCCCUUUUUAAUAUAAGCUGGGGUCCAGUGUGAUCAGCAUGAUCUAUAUCUUAUACUAAACAUCAAAAUAAACUUAUAUUUGAGCAUCAAAAGAAACAG